AUCCUGUGACACUCGCCAUAUGUACUCUACCCCUUAGUCUCCGGUAUCUCAACGCUCUCAACGCGCCAAUCGUGAAGAAUCCGGAUAUAUAACCCUCCCCGCAAGAUCGAAUUCUCCCUUUUUACCAUUCCUUCACUCUUGACCGAGAGACUUAUCACUGAAAUUCAAACAUGCCAUCUACCGAAAAUCUGCACUCGGAGCCAGAAGCCGGGUCUCUGGACCUAGAUGUUCUCAUCAUUGGCGGCGGCUUCUCCGGAUGUCUUUUACUCCACAAAAUCCGGGAUGAACUCAAAUUGAACGUGAAGAUUAUCGAGGCCGGACCUUCCGUUGGCGGAACAUGGUACUGGAACCGCUACCCGGGGGCACGUGUCGACUGUCAGGUUCCUGGAUAUGAAUUGUUCAGUCCGGCCGUCUGGAAGGAUUGGAGGUGGAAGGAGAAAUAUCCCGCACAGGCUGAGCUUAAGGCUUACUUCGAGCACAUCGAUAAAGCAUUGUCGAUCAGCAAGGAUUGUCUUUUCAAUUCUAUGGUGACGUCGGCUCAGUUCUCUGUGGAUGAGAAGAAAUGGGUUAUACGGGUAAAGGACGGACGCGUGAUUCGGGCAAAAUACUUCAUCCCAGCGGUUGGCUUUGCAGCGAAGGAAUAUAUUCCAGACUGGAAGGGACUUGACAGCUUCCGUGGAACCAUCUGCCAUUCUGCCAAUUGGCCGAAGAAAGGAGUAGACGUCAAAGGCAAGCGGGUUGCUAUUAUCGGGACGGGCUCUACGGGCGUACAGAUUGCCCAAGACUGGGCGAAGGAGGCCGCGGAAACUUACGUCUUUCAGCGGACACCGAAUAUCUGUCUGCCCAUGCGCCAGAAGCAACUUGACCCGGUCCAGCAGGAGAACAAGGAAGAACGUUUAGCCUUUUUAGAGCUUCUCUUCACAACCAACGGAGGGCUUUCUUAUCACCCUGUCCCAAGAAACACGUUCGACGAUUCGCCUGAAGAGAGAGAAGCCACAUAUGAGAAAGUAUACAAGGAGGGGGGCUUCUCAUACAUAAGCGCAGGCUAUAAAGACUUCAUGCUCGAUGUGGAGGCAAACCGCGAGGCAUACCGAUUCUGGGCCAAGAAGACACGAGCCCGAUUGAACGAUCCCCGGCUCCACGACCUCCUUGCUCCCCUCGAACCACCUCACCCUAUUGGCGCGAAGCGCACAUCUCUUGAACAGGACUACUACGAACAGUUCAACAAGCCCAACGUACACCUGGUCAAUGUCAAGGAGAGCCCAAUUGCCGAACUCAGACCCAACGGUAUAGCAACCGAGAAAGAAUUCUUCGAGGUCGAUAUCAUCGCCAUCGCAACAGGCUUCGACUCAGUCACCGGCGGUAUCGAGAAAGUCGGCCUCAAAGAUGCCGACGGUGUCGAUCUCAUCAAACGAUGGAGAGCCGAUGGUGUCCACACGUAUCUCGGGAUGAUGGUCAGCCGCUGUCCGAACAUGUUCCUCCCUUACAGCGCCCACUCGCCCUCCGUUUUCUCAAACGGUCCUACGACGAUCGAGGGACAGUGUGAUUGGAUCUGCGGCGUGAUACGGAAAAUGGAAGCGGAUGGGAUCAACGCUAUUGAUGUGAAGAAGGAGGCUGAGCAAGGAUGGUCUGACGAGGUUGCGGCAAUCGCCCAGAUGACUGUCAUUCCGUACGCCAAAUCGUGGUAUAUGGGUGCAAACAUCCCUGGUAAACGGGUAGAGCCUCUGUUCUAUCUUGGGGGGAUUCCUCGUUACCGGCAGAAGUGUCAGGAGGCGUUGGAUAACAACCUGGAGGACUUUGCUAGGCUGUAGAUACUUGCACGUUGAAUUUGCCCCUGAAUAGUACUAACGCGACAUGUUAUGAUCAGUCAAUUGCUAUAGUGUAGGUAAAUCUAUAGUAUCUUGCAGAAAGUCUGUCGAAAAUGUCGAAGAAGAGUUUUAUUUCUUUGUUAUGAUGUGACAUCUGCAUGGUACUUUUACAUCCAUGUCGUUUGGUUUAGAUGCAUCUGCAUUCACCUCCC